AUGAGCGCGACGACCGACCUCCCGCCCGAGAAGGCGCUGGAGACCCCCGCGAACGAUGCAAGCGGCGCGGACAGUCCUUCCGAAGUCGAGAACGGGGACGAAGGCGUCAAUACGAAGGCGUUGCUGCGGAAGCUCGAUGCCAAGCUACUCCCGGCCGUCGGCAUUCUGUAUCUGCUAUCUUUCCUAGACAGAUCGAACGUCGGCAAUGCGCGAAUCGAAGGCCUCACCGAAGACCUGCACAUGUCCGGUAAUCAGUACCUCACUGGUCUGACGCUGUACUUCAUCGGUUAUGUGCUCUUUGAAAUCCCCUGCAACAUCAUCCUCAAGAGAACCACGCCGCGGUUCUGGCUGCCAACCCUGACGGUCGCCUGGGGCAUCGUCGCCACGCUCAUGGGCAUCGUCACGAACAUGGCCGGCUUCUUCGUCGCGCGCUUCUUCCUCGGCGUCACCGAGAGCGGUCUCUUCCCCGGUGUCGUGUACUAUUUCUCCAUGUGGUACAAGCGCCGCGAGAGGCAGUACCGCAUCUCUCUCUUCUUCAGCGCCGCCUCUCUCGCCGGAGCUUUCGGAGGUAUCUUGGCAUGGGGUAUUGGUCACAUGCGAGUCGUUUGGGACAAUGGAUGGCGUUGGAUCUUCAUACUGGAAGGUAUUGCGACGGUCGUCAUCGCUAUCGGCGCGUAUUGGUUCAUCCAGAACUACCCCGACACCGCAAAGUUCGUGUCCGACAAGGAGCGCCGCUUCAUCCGCGCCAGGCUCGCCGCCGACAGCGAUGCGACGCACAACGAAAAGUUCACAUGGGGCAACGUGAUGGACGCUAUCAAGGACCCCAAGUGCUGGCUGUACGGGCUCGGCUUUCACACCAUGAGCCUGCCGCUGUACACCUUCUCUCUCUUCAUUCCGACAAUCAUUAGAAAUCUCGGCUACACCGCCGCCGUGGCCCAGCUCCUGACCAUCCCGCCCUAUGCCGUCGCCUUCGUCACGACCCUGACCGUCGCCAUCUACUCCGAGCGGACCGGCCGCCGCGCCUUCUUCAUCAUGGGAUCGUCCGCCUUCGCCGCCGUCGGCUACAUCAUCCUCCUCGCCAAUGGCGACCCGACAGGGAAGCCCGGCGUCUCCUACCUCGGGACCUUCUUCGCCGCCGCGGGCAUCUACCCGUCCACGGCCCUCGUCCUCUCGUGGCCCGCCAUCAACGUGUCGGGCCAGACGAAACGUGCCGUUGGCAACGCCAUGCAGAUCACCAUUGGCAACUUGGGCGCUGUCCUCGGCACGCAGCUGUACCGUGCCAACGACGGGCCGAGAUACUUCGUGGGCCAUUCGUUUGCGUUGGGAUACCUCAUUGCUAACAUUGUUGUUUGCGGCAUCUUGUACAUCGUACUCAAGCGGGAGAACACGAGGAGGGAGGCCAUCGCUCCGGAGGUUCAGGCCAUCGGCGACUUGGAGGACUGGCCCGGAGACAAGGAUCCCAGGUGGAGGUUCCAGUACUAG